AUGCAGGAGCUAUUCACAGGCACUAGUGCUGAUGGUUUUUUGGCCAUGGACCAGCAUACAUGCACAAUUGAUUUCGAUGACUCGGACAAUGAUGAAGGGUUGUAUGAUCUCAACUGCUAUCCACAGUAUGAGGGCCCUCUUGAGGAGGAUUCUGACACUUUGCCAACAACACAUUGUCCUAAAAGACCUCCAGUACCUGUAGGUGGUGAUAAUUCAACAUCUAGCACUAGCCGAGUUGGUAAGAAGCGCCCAAGAGGUAGCAAGUCACCUACUAAGAAGCCACCAAGAACCAAGAGUCGUUUCGUGGAGCCCGCUGAAGAAAUCAACUCUACAUUGAGGUCACUCCAGCAAUCCCUUGUUGCCGCUCCUCCUCCAAUGCCCCAAGUUGUUGAUCCUUAUGCUAGUUUAUGGAAGAGGUUGGAGGAACUCCCAAUUACCACAGAUCAAAGAAUUACUGUUGGUGUGCACUUAUCUUGCAAGGACAAUGAAGGUUUGCGUGGUUGGUUAUGCAGUGCAAGUGAAAAAACUUUUGAAACUUGGGUUUGCAAGUUCUUUGCUGACAAAGAUCAUGUUUAUAGCAACAUGUGA